AUGACCUCGUUUCGAGGGAUCGUGCACGCGUGGAAUGCCGCCUCCCAGCGGGUGGCGCACCACUUCCGCGGCCUCGCCCGCCCCAGCUGUCGCGCGCCCGUCUUGGUGGCGCCGGUGGCGGUGGCAAACGCUGGCGCCGCCACCACCAGGCCCGCCAUCGCCACGCCGUGGCUCCAGGCGACGCGCCAGUUCACUACCUAUUCACCGUUCAACUCCAAUCCACGCACCCACUACCAGCUGUUCCGGUUUAAGACCAAGUUCUUCCACCACUACUUCCGCACCCGGGCGGCGCUGCCGAUCUUGCGGGGGGCCCAAUGGCACCUGUUUGUGUUCCACAACUUCAGCCAGGCGUACCUGAACACCUACCGGCUCCGCCUCCACACGCUGUCGCUUAACUUCACCACCAAGACGUUUUUCAACCGUAUUCGGCGCCUGUUUGGGGUGGCGCCGCUGGCGCUGUACGCGGGGCAAAAAGUGUUUGUGCCCCAGCCGACAGUGCUGGUGGCGAUCCGGUUGAACCGCGAGUUGACCCCCGCCAACCACCGCAUCACCCUCAGCUUAGCCAAACGCGAGCUGGAGGCGAAGGUCGUCAGCGGGUGCUACUUGGAAUUUCGCCUCGACUGCAAGGUCGCCAUCCCGCGCGAACUGUUGUACACCGAGGACACUCAGCUGGAGAUCAAGCGGCUGCUCGACAUCCAGCGGCGCCGGUUGGCGUUGAUCGAGGACAGCCUCGACAAGCUCGCCGACAUCGGGCAGUUGCCGAUCACGUGUGACGACCAAGUGAUCCGGUUCUACUUCGCCAACUGUGACCGGGCGCGCCUCGAGGCGCUCUUGCUCGAGCGCGAGAUUGCCGCCGGAGUGAUCGUCGAGGACUACGACGCGGCGGCGCUGGCCCUGGCGGCGGCAACGCAGGCGGCGGAACCGGUGUCGGAGUGGGACGUGUUGUCGCUGAGCGGCUACUUGACGCUGGCGUCGUCGGCGUCGCUGCUGGCCGACACCGCCGCCGUCCUCUCCGACGACAGCCACCUCGCCACCGCCCUCGUCACCCCUGACUUUGCCGCGGCGCCACCAGCUGCCGACACCGUCGAGAUCAGCCAUGACUUCCACUGGGUGUAA